UUGACAGUUUGAGGCCAGAUCUAUUGGAACGCAAGUCAACUUUCAUUUAGAUUACUGUUUGAAUUUGCAAUCAUGAUCAUUGAGAUGAAAAUCAAUGACAAAGUCAAACCCAAUUCAAAGGGUGUAUCAAGAAGGAGAAGCAGCCAUGUGGCAAUUCAUGGGCAACCAUGAAUUCCUCCCUCUCCUAUAAUGUUGGUCCUCAGAAAAGUGAAAAAUGCUAUGACCCUCUCACCAGUCCGUACCUCAAACAAGUUUCUCCUGCCUACCAAACAGCAAAGCUGAGAUCAAGAUAAGCUGCCAAGAUGAACGAUCUGUUUUUGAGCGAUUCGUUCAAAAGAUACAAGGACCUCGAACACCAAGUCUGCAUUGAUGAUAUGCAGGCAGGUGGUGAGGCCUGGAAAGAGACUGUCAAUCUUGAUGGAUUCUUUAAGGAGAUAGAGAAUGUCAAACAUGACAUGGGAGCUGUAGUGCAGCUUUACAAGCGGUUACAGGAAGCCAAUAAGGAGAGCAAACUCAUCCACGAUGCCAAAUCCAUGAAAGAGCUUAGCGCCAGGAUGGAUUCUGAUGUUGAGCAGGUAUUGAAGCUGGUUAAAAUCAUCAAGGGGACGCUGGAAACACUUGAACUCUCCAAUGCUGAUCAGCGUAAACUUCCCAGCUGUGGAGCAGGGUCAUCUUCUGAUCGAACAAGAACUUCAGUACUUAGUGGCUUAGCAAAGAAGUUCAAGGACAUGAUGGAUGACUUUCAAGGCCUCAGAACCAAAAUGGGAUCCGAAUACAAAGAGACAGUUCAAAGGAGGUACUUCACAAUAACAGGUGAGAAGGCCAAUGAAGAAAUGAUUGAGAAUUUGAUAUCGAGUGGAGCGAGUGAGACAUUGCUUCAGAAGGCAAUUGAGGAGCAGGGUCGUGGCCAAGUUUUGGACACUGUUCAAGAGAUCCAAGAGCGGCAUGAUGCCGUGAAGGAGAUGGAGAAGAGCCUCAUUGAGCUCCACCAAGUGUUCCUAGACAUGGCUGCACUGGUUGAUGCACAAGGGCAGCAGUUGAAUGACAUAGAGAGCCAUGUGGCACGUGCCAAUUCGUUCGUCAGGCGAGGAAAUCUGCAGCUUGAGGUAGCUAAGGACUAUCAGAAGAAUAACAGGAAGUGGGCUUGCAUUGCCAUAGUUAUUGGCACCAGUGCUGUUAUCAUUCUUCUUUUACCUGUUUAUCUUCACUUCAAGAGUUAACAAAAGAUGCAAUUGCCUUCUGGAGUGACAAGAAAUUGAUUGAGUUGUUCGUUUUCCAAUUCAUUGGACAAGCUUGCUCCAUAUUUUAAUUCCUUUUUUUCUUAUAAAUCUUUCUAUGGCACAUAGAAGCAGGAAUAUUCAUUCAAGCAGAUUUGUAUUCUCUCUACGUUUUUACUUGACU